CAACAAUCUAUGAAGUUGGUUCACUUAUGAAGUUAUUUGAUAGAAAAAGAAAUUGAAGUAUAGAAAAGUGAAAUAAUUUGCCAAUAGUUAAACUACUAGUAAGUGGCAGAGCCAAAACUUGCAUUUUCUUUACUAUAUUGUUCUGGAGAGAUACAGAGACCUUUUCUACCCCAAUAUGUGAGUUCCUUCAUUGUACACACACACUUGUAGAGACACACACUUCUGGACUCACCAAAUUGUAGUGCUUGCUGUUCCUAGAACCAGAUCCUACAGUUUCAUGGUUCUGGGUCCAAACCUCCUGCAGUAGAGUUGUCAGAUUUAUCAGAUAAAAAGUUCUUUUAAAAAAGGAUGUCUAGUUAAAUUUGAAUUUUAGAUAAACAACAAAUAAAUAUGUCCAUGCACUUUGGGGACAUACUUAUAUAACCUUAAAUGUUUCUUAUUGUUUAUUUGAAAAAUAUCAAGGGAUGUCUCUGGACAGUUUUUCUCUUCUGUUCUUUUAUAGCCUAUCCAAAAUCUGCCUGUUACAGCAUUUGUUAUUCCGAGUGACUAAGAUCACUGAUUUCCUGUGGGGGAAUCGCUUUGUGUUCGUACGUGAAUCUCAGCCAUGGAGAUGUUAAGAGAUCGAAAUGGUUGUUGAAUAAACAUUUACUGAAAGCCAUGAGGUGUAAGAGUAGGCAUGAAGGGGAACAAGCAUUUAUGAAUUGACAUUUGUAUGCUAAAUAUAGUGCCAGUAGUAUUGCAGUAUUUCAUGCGUGUUAAAUUCUCUUAAAUAAAUGGAUGGGUAUAGCCUUUGAACCGAAGAGAGAUCACAUUGUCCUGAAACCUAUAACAUUUGGGAUAAAUAACUGAUGCCAUUCUAGUCUCUGUGACUGUUUUCUGAGGAAACUUGACCUAAGCCUAUUUGGCAUAGAUGUCUCCAUAGAAACAGGAGAUCCCGUUAGAGCCCAGAAAGGCAGGAAGUGUAGCUUGCACUUCCGUUUUACGCCAGAGACCCGGAAGUUGGCGUAGCGAGGUUGUACAUGGCCGCUCCCAGAGAGGAUGCCGCUGGUUGUUCUUUGUGGGCUGCCGUACAGCGGCAAAAGCCGGCGUGCUGAACAACUGCGCCAGGCUCUGGCAGCCGAGGGCCGCUCGGUGUACGUGGUGGAUGACGCCUCGGUGUUGGGCACAGAGGACGCGACCGUGUACUGCGACUCUGCCCGUGAGAAAGCAUUGCGUGGGGCCCUGCGAGCCUCGGUGGAGCGGCGCCUGAGUCGACACGACGUAGUCAUCCUAGAUUCGCUUAACUACAUCAAGGGCUUCCGCUACGAGCUCUACUGCCUAGCGCGGGCGGCGCACACGCCGAUGUGCCUGGUUUAUUGCGUACAGCCUGGGAGUCGGAGCCUAGGACGUCCGGUGGACGAAGUGGAGGAGCACCAGGGGCGGAACCUGAGUGUGAGUUGGAGGCCGCGCACGGAAAAGGGCAAAAAACUUAAGGCGGCCGGCUCCGAGGCACCGCAGGUUGUGGGCUCUGUAGUAAAUGGGGAAGCCCGAGACGACGUACCUAGGGAAGUGGAGCGGAAGGAGACUGGAGCCUCAGAUUGUCCAGCUCUAGUGACUGUGGAAUCUGAGAAAUCUGCAAAGCAUGUGUCGGGUGCCUUUUACUCUCCCGAACUUCUGGAGGCUCUAACGCAGCGCUUUGAAGGUCCUGACUCGAGGAACCGGUGGGAUCAGCCUUUGUUCACUGUGGUGGGCUUACAGGAGCCUAUGCCCCUGGCCGAGAUCCAGGCUGCCUUGUUUGAGAACCGGGCUCCCCCACCCCAUCAAUCUACGCAGUCCCAGCCACUUGCUUCCAGCAGCUUUUUGCACCAGCUGGACCAGGUCACAAACCGAGUCUUGACUGGACUGUUGGAGGCACAAAAGAGCGCUGUCCCCGGGGACUUACUAACACUUCCUGGUACUUCGGAGCACCUGCGGUUUACCCGGCCUUUGACCAUGGCAGAACUGAGUCGCCUCCGUCGCCAGUUUAUUUCCUACACUAAAGUGCAUCCCAACAAUGAGAACCUGCCACAGCUGGCCAACAUGUUCAUUCAGUAUCUGAGUCAGAGCUUGUACUAAUCAAAGUGGUGGGUGAAGCCAUGGUUCUUGUCUGACAUCCAUUGCACUUUGUAGCAGGAAUAAUUUGAAGAUUUGCAGAGCUAGUUGAUACAGUGGUAGAGCUGUUGAGUUUGAUUCACUCAGACUUUUCUGGCUGCCUCUGUACCAGGCACUAAGCAUUGAGACUAGAGAGAACGAAGAAUAGCUUGGAGGAUCUUGGCAGAUUUCUUCAGCAGACAGAGCUCAGGUGGACCAGGAGCAUGUAGGUUGGAUUCUACUUGGAAUAUCACACAGUUGAUUUUCUCUGAGUUGUGGGUGAGCAGACUGUAUGGAUGAGAAUUGCUUUAAAAAAAUAGUGAACAGAAACUAAAGAUGGCACAAUUCUGUAUCUGCACUUACUCUUUAUACAACAAAUACUUUUUGAGUAUUGUACCUACUUUUGCCAACUUUCAUCGUGGUGCUGGGUUCACAGAUAAAUCCUUUGUUUUCUGUUCUUGGGAAGCUUUGAUUUUUGUGGAAGUGAAAGGCAUAACUACUAGAUUGUUUCCUCUAAUAAAAUAUUUUAAAAGUA